AAACAAUUACCUAAUUGACUUGGAAAUCCCAAGUAGGAAGAGAGGAAAGGAGUUUGAGAUUGUGAUGCAUGCAUGUUUUGCAAGUUGAGACUGAUCAAAAGGAAAAAAAUGUGGCUCCCAAACAAUAAGGGAAGCCCUGCAAACAGAAGGGGCAAUGGGACUGGAGUUGUUGCAAUUGCUAUUGACAAAGACAAAGGCAGCCAAUAUGCUAUCAAAUGGGCCACUGACAAUUUGGUUAACAGAGGCCAAACUCUUGUCCUUAUUCAUGUUGUCACCAAACCUACUUCUUCUUCCUACGGAAAUUGUGGUGGAGUUCACGUCGUAGAUGGAAAUUUAUCUGCACAUGGGCAAAAUCUUGAGAAACAAACCAAAGAAUUGUUUCUUACCUUCCAUUGUUUUUGUACACGUAAAGAUAUCCGUUGCUUAGACGUUAUACUUGAAGACUCAGAUGUAACAAAAGCAUUGACAGAAUAUAUGUCUAGUGCUGCGAUCCAGAACUUGGUCCUUGGAGCAUCUAGGCAUGGCUUUAUCAGACGGUUGAAGGUUACGGAUAUACCUAGCACUGUAUCAAAGGGAGCACCAGAUUUCUGCACCGUUUAUGUCAUCUCAAAGUCAAAGAUUUCUUCUGUGAAAAACGCUUCUCGCCCAGCCCCUAUGGCUUCCCCUCUUUAUAAACAAAUACAGCAAUUGGAAGAACAAGUUAAUAGUGCUGGAACUACCCCUACUGCUCGUACCAGGGCGAUCCAUGCUGGAUCAGUUGUGGACAGGUCACAGCGCAGGUCAUUCAUAUCGGAUGAGAGCAAAAAAAUUGGUUUUGGAAGCAGGUCACCAUUUGAUAGACGAGGAAUCCUCCCUUCAAGAAUUUUUUCUGACCUUUCUGAAGCGGAUACUGAUCUAUCAUUCGUUAGCUCUGGUAGGCCAAGCACUGAUCACACAUCUUCCAUGCUGUUUCAUGAUGGCAUGGAUUCUGGCCGUAUUUCACAAAUAUCAACAAGUUCAGAUAGUAGCUUUGGCUCAGAACGCUUGGGAGCUCGGGGGAGUGAACUCAGUUCUUUCAAUGACUUUUCAUCUUCCUCCUUUGAGACAGAUGAUGGAGAGGCUGAAAUGAGAAGGCUAAAGAUGGAGCUUCAGAGGACAAUGGAUUUGUACAGUACAGCAUGCAAGGAAGCACUGACGGCGAAACAGAAGUCAGAGGAGCUCAAUGUCUGGCGGAUGGAAGAGGAAAAGAGAUUGGAGGAGGCUCGGCUUGCAGAGGAAGCUGCAAAAUUAGCAGCAGAGAAGGAGAGAGAUAAGUGUAAGGUUGCUAUGGAAACUGCCGAAGCAGCUCAGAGACUCGCAGAACUUGAAGCAAAAAGAAGGGUAGAUGCUGAAAUGCAAGCCCUUAAAGAGGCAGAGCAGAAGGAGAGAGCAUUGAUGAACUUAGGUCAAGGUGAUUUCAGAUAUAGGAGGUACAGCAUCGAAGAAAUCGAAGAGGCAACACAAUUUUUCACUGAUUCUCUCAAGAUUGGAGAAGGAGGAUAUGGUCCUGUCUACAAAUGUUAUCUUGAUCACACACCAGUAGCAAUCAAGGUUUUACGUCCAGAUGCAGCACAAGGAAGAUCUCAAUUUCAGCAAGAGGUUGAAGUGCUGAGUCGUAUGAGGCAUCCUAAUAUGGUUCUACUUCUUGGAGCUUGCCCAGAGUAUGGCUGUUUGGUAUAUGAGUACAUGGCAAAUGGCAGUUUAGAGGAACGCCUUAUGCGACGUGGAGAUAAACGUUCAAUAUCAUGGCAGCUUAGAUUUCGUAUUGCAGCGGAGAUCGCCACCGGCUUGCUCUUUCUGCACCAGACCAAGCCAGAACCUCUGGUGCAUCGUGACCUUAAACCUGGCAACAUUCUGCUUGACCAUAAUUAUGUAAGCAAGAUUAGUGAUGUUGGACUCUCAAGGCUUGUUCCUCCUUCUACUACUGAAGAGGUAACACAAUACCGGAUAACAUCUGCAGCUGGCACCUUCUGCUACAUCGAUCCAGAGUAUCAACAAACAGGCAUGCUUGGGGUUAAAUCUGAUGUUUAUUCCUUAGGAAUCCUUCUUCUACAAUUGGUAACGGCCAAGCCAGCAAUGGGCAUAACUCAUUAUGUUUCACAAUGCAUUGAGACGGGAGCGUUUAAAGAGGCACUAGAUCCUUCUGUUCCAGAUUGGCCAAUCGAAGAGGCCCUCAAUUUUGCAAACCUAGCACUCCAAUGUGCAGAACUGAGGCGGAAGGACAGGCCAGACCUUGGCAAAGUCGUCUUGCCCGAGCUUAAUCGAUUAAGAGCAUUGACUGAAGAAAAUAUGGGUCAAUUGUUGAUAGGUGGCAGUGCUGGCCCCUCCCCCAGUCACAGCCAAGCAUCUAUAUCGCAGGAAAUUUCAAGUGACCCUCAAGUGCAUUCAGGAUUUAGUUCAAAAAGUGUUUCAAAUUCAUCUGCUUCGCAAGAAAAACAUUCAGGAUCAGGGGAUGAAUAAUUUUUAGUCAUCCAGUACAUAAUAAUUCAGAGUACCCACUGCAGUUAUAUGUUAUUCUUCUGUUGUAUAUAGAAGGAUCGAAAGCUCGGGCGUUGAAGCCACUGAAGCUUAUCACAGUUUACUGUGACUUUGUUGUAGCUUAUGUUAAAUUUUUGUUAGAUUAAAUCAAAGGCGGACUGUUCCAAAACACAAUUCAUUUGGGAUUGAGACGUAGUUGAUUGAGUGAUAAAAGGCAUAGUAUCAAAUAAUAUUUGCAUACUUAAACUUAUAAAUAGAUUUAACCUUGUGUUAGCUGUAGCAUUUUAGUUCCAAGUGAAAAGUGAGCCCUACACUUUUGGAUAACAGUCUUGUGGAUGUUCACUUAAUUGAGUUUUUGAAUAAUCUCAAUUUUGGCUUCAUAAUGUAUACUGGAAUCAUUGUCUUGUAAAACCCACUCUCCCACUCCUCGACCCUGGUGGAAAAAAAGCUUUUGUUCCUUGAUAUGAAAGAUAUAAAAAAAUUCAUUUGUAUUUU